CCCCGCCCUGCCUCCCCGCCCGCCCCGCCGCCGACGGGGCCGCGGCGCCCCGCGCGCCCGGCAUGCGGCCGGCGGCGGGGUGCCGGCUGCUGGCAGGAGCCCGGGGGCAGGCGGGCGGGGAGGUGGUCUCCCGCCGCCGCCGCGGCUCGGCGCCGCCGCCGCGGCUGGGAUUAGGCUCCCGCUCGGCUGCGAUGCGGAGCGGCGGGGCCGGCGCGGCGGGGCCCAGCGGGAGGGCGCGGGGCGCCGCCGGGCACUAGGCGGGCGGCGGGCGCGGAGCCGCCGGAGCUCUCCAGGGUGCUGGGGCGCCGCCCGCCCGCGGGGAGCCGCGUCGCCGUCCUCGCCCGCCGCGCCGCGCCGCGGAGCCCCGCCGAUGCCUCGGACACGACCGCUCCAGGGCUCCGCGGCGCCUCCGAGCAGCAUGGCCCGGAUUAGGUACCUCCGAGCGGCCGUCUCGGGAUUUUAUCUGUGGGAAGCCGCGGUACUGCUCAGCUUGGUAGCCACAAAGGAAACAGACAGUGCAAGAUCUCGUAGCAUGCCAAUGUCGCCAUCUGAUUUCCUGGAUAAGCUAAUGGGUAGGAUGUCAGGCUACGAUGCAAGGAUCAGACCAAAUUUCAAAGGCCCUCCAGUUAAUGUCACAUGCAACAUAUUUAUAAACAGCUUUGGAUCCAUUGCAGAGACAACCAUGGAUUACCGAGUGAACAUCUUUCUCCGUCAGAAUUGGAAUGAUCCACGCCUUGCAUACAGUGAAUAUCCAGAUGACUCUUUAGACUUAGAUCCAUCCAUGCUGGAUUCAAUUUGGAAACCUGAUUUAUUCUUUGCUAAUGAAAAAGGUGCCAACUUUCAUGAGGUUACAACAGACAAUAAGUUGUUGCGAAUUUUCAAAAAUGGAAAUGUACUUUAUUCCAUCAGAUUGACUUUAAUACUGUCCUGUCCGAUGGAUCUCAAAAAUUUUCCAAUGGAUGUGCAAACCUGUAUAAUGCAGCUGGAAAGCUUUGGAUACACAAUGAAUGAUCUCAUUUUUGAAUGGCAAGAAAAGGGAGCAGUUCAAGUAGCAGAAGGUCUCACUCUGCCACAGUUUCUGUUGAAAGAAGAAAAGGAUUUAUGUUACUGCACCAAGCAUUACAAUACAGGAAAGUUUACAUGUAUUGAAGUCCGAUUUCACCUUGAGAGGCAGAUGGGUUACUAUCUCAUCCAGAUGUACAUACCGAGUCUCUUGAUCGUCAUUCUCUCCUGGGUGUCAUUUUGGAUCAAUAUGGAUGCAGCUCCAGCCAGAGUGGCUUUAGGCAUCACGACUGUACUGACCAUGACAACACAAAGUUCAGGUUCACGAGCAUCUCUUCCAAAGGUGUCAUAUGUCAAAGCCAUUGACAUCUGGAUGGCUGUGUGUCUGCUCUUUGUAUUUUCUGCACUUUUGGAGUAUGCAGCUGUAAACUUUGUGUCAAGGCAGCAUAAAGAACUUCUGCGAUUCCGCCGCAAGAGGAAGAAGAACAAGUAUUUUGAGGGAGUUCUUGAUGGAAAUGAAAUCAGUGAAUCAUUGCAGCAUAGCAAUGGCUUGAGAUGUACAGGACCUAUAGACGGGACUUUGCCUCAAAUCUACAGUACAAAUUUAAGGGAUGAUGACGUAAGGGAAAGUCAGUUUAGCUUUACAGCAUACGGAAUGGGCCCAUGUCUGCAAGCAAAAGAUGGAGUGACACAAAAAGGGCCAAAUAAUCCUGUCCAAGCUGCACCAAAAAGCCCUGAUGAGAUGAGAAAGGUAUUCAUUGACCGGGCCAAGAAGAUAGACACGAUAUCCAGAGCAUGUUUCCCAUUAGCCUUUCUGAUUUUCAAUAUUUUUUACUGGGUAAUUUACAAAAUCAUCAGGCAUGAGGACAUUCACCAAUAACAAGAUUAAGGCUUGCAGUACAUACAGAUCUGCUGCCGUGUUCAGCGGGAGGCUUUCUGUCAGGAACGCACACCGGAGGAGUGAUUGGGAGAGUUAAAAGCAUUGACGGGGGGGAAGAUCCUGCGUGGCCUGCAAUGCCCAGUCACAGCGGAAUGGAAGACUGACACCCAGAGAAGAUACAUCUGCUAUUGCAAACUUUCUGUGUCAAACUAAAUAUUAACAACUUUUUCAUUGUAAAUCACUCUCUACUGAAGCUUUACUGCCAUUUAUACAUACUGUUACAUAGUGGUAUAAUUGUACAGUACUCUUCGAUGUUCCUCUUUUUUUUUUUUUUUAAUUCUGGUGUAUUUUUGAUUAAAAACUGGAUCCAGAAUACCCUAGGUAAAUCCCACAGUAUUACAGAAUAGAUUGGUAUUUGUAACCAUUGUUUCAAUUUUACAAAAUAAUGACAAAUUAAGGAUUUGAGAUUAUAGUUUUAAGGACAUUUUCUUAAGGACAGUAUCUGUGCUUUUGCAAUGAGCACAUUUGACAUAUCUAAGUUAUAUAAUUUAUUCAAUUAUUACCGUUCCUCUGGAAGGCAUAUGUUGAAAUAAUCUCAGACAGCACAAGGUAUCUACAGCCUAAAAAGUCUGCAUAUCACAUGGGAAAUAUAUUAGAAUUUGUAAAGUACUGAUUCCUGCAAAGGAUUCUUUUUCUUUUAAUUACCUACAUUUUGAUAAUUGAAACUUAUAAAAGUUUUAGUCCUUUUUAUAUUUUUGAAGGGUUUUUUUUCUCAAUUGAUAAAACUCAUACAGUUUGUGAGAUAGACAAACUACAUCAAAAUUUUGCAACACUUCAUUUUGAUUCAAUGCAAAGAGAUCUUGCACCAAAACUAAAAGCAAAUAGUCAACUGCUUCACUGAAACAUUUGAAGGAUGAGUACAGCUGUGUUUAUGCACAUGUAUCUCCUGCAUGUUACAUAAAUACAGGAAGUUUAAUUUAUGAAUAUAUCAAGUUUUCUGUCUCAUUCUUUGAAGUAUAUUGAUAUGACAGAUACUGGUUACGAAGCACUUCACAACUUUGGAAAAACAUGCAGCUCUCCUAAAACAUGAAAAAGGAUCUGGAUGGUCUUUUACAUUUAUUGUACUUCACAUUAAUAAAUGGGAGAACAACUUUUAAAACCCUUAGAGAGAUUUUCCCUGUUUAGGAUUAAGUAAGUCAUAUUAGUUUCUUCUUUGAAUUGUAACACAAUGGACCACAUUUAUGGCAUAGCUUGUAGGCAAGAGUGUUUAUUUUGCCAAUCUUGUCUAUUGAAAAACAAAAACAUGCUAAGAUAUGGAAGUCUGACAUUUAGAAUUACUAGAUACUUUAAGUCCAGUAGCUGAGGCUGUUUCUCAUUGCAAAAUAUUUUUAUUUUGAAUAUAUUUUAAAUUUGUGGUUUGUUGCUGCUCAGAAUGCGUAUACAAAAGCAAAAUCAGCUGGAGGCAAAUGUCUUGUGCACUGCCAAAGGCAUGCUGCAUAUGAAGUAACAGAAGCAAUGUAACUCUGCACUGAGGAUUAUAAUAUCGCAGCCUUGGGUUUGGUUGGGUUUGUGGUUUUCCUCCAAGGAUUACUUAGAUUCUAAAGUAGUAGCUCUCGGAUUUUGUUCAGCUGUGUCAGAAAGAAGCUGUAUAAUCCACCUUUAUUUUAAAAGCGGGGGGGUUUAAUAGUUUUGCUUCAUUUAUGAUCUGAAAUUAAUUCAUUUCACUUUAAACAAUUAUUUUUUGUUGUGGUUGUAUCUUGGUUUUGUUGAUUUCCUUAUGUGCAUGUUCAAAAAAUUCCUGUUCACUUAUGAAGGUGGUCAUCUGUAGUGAGGGGGUAUCAUGAGCCAAUGGCUGACAUUUCGGUUGGGUUAUAUUAAUCUCUCUCAAAGUUAUCAUUAGCUGUAUAUCAUUAGCUGAAAAGGGAUGUUAACUUGCUUCAGCUAUCAGCAAAGUCAACAGUAUUUUGUUUAAGGACUGUCUGAAGUACUGGAUCCAUAAUCAAGAGGCAAUCAUAAAAAAUUACAUUAUCUUUCAGGGUCAUCUCUCUUCUCCCUUUCUAAAAUAGUUGACUUGCCUUCAAUAAAGAUUUCUUAAUUGAAGGGAUAAGUGCAUAAAAAAAUGCUGGCCAGAUCAGAAUAACUCCUUGUUAUUCUAGUUUAUAACACUUGAGUACCUGGUUCACAUUGCCUGUUUCCCAAUUGUUCAACAGUCUGUUGCUCUUGCUCAUGUAGUACUACUACCUUGUUUUGAAAACAUUAAGAAAUUUGAACAAUGCAGAGCUAGACAAAUUUAGCCCUAAUUUCUUUCUUCACUCUCUAAGGCAGGAAAGGUCUAUGCUCUCAAAUAGAGAAACCAGACAGGAAAUCUUGAAAGUGAUAAAAGAGAGAUUGGAUUACAACACUGGCAAAAUGUAACAAGGAGUCAGAAGGAAAUAUAAAUUGUUAAGCAAGAAGGACAAGAUCCUUCAUUCAUAUAUGAACCUAUUACCUCUGUGAGGGAGGAGAACCCUUGUGUCACAUUUCUCCGACUAAAGUAUGCUGAUGUAAGGAAAAAUUACAGCACAUAGCAUGUAUAAAAUAAAAAGCAUAAAUCUACAUUAUAAUUCUUAUCUGACUUCCCUAACAGAUUGUUACCUAUAUGUUCUGUUUACAAUAAAUGAGAUCUGUAGAUUUAAUGAUUGGACCUAGUGCCGAGUGUUGCCUCUCUGGAUGCAUCUCUUCAGCCAUGCACUAUGGUGAGAGAGAAGACGAGGGUCUCAGAUCUGGAGAGUAUGGAAGGUAUACCCCUUCCUCUAUGUAGUUAUAUUUCUCUUUCACAGGCCAUUACACUGGGAUGUUGAGCAUACCCUACUUCUAUACUGAAAAAUUACAUAUAAUGCUCAGUCUUCUAACAGGGCACAUUGAAAAAAAAGAGAAUUAAAUAUGUUUAAAACAUCAUUAUGAAAACUCUGCAGUGUUGCUGGAACAUCUUUUUAUUUAGAAAUCCAUUAAUAACGAAAGUAUUUCAAACAGAGGGGAAAAUCAAAAAAUGGUUCCAUGAUGAUGUUUUCAAAUAAUAUUUGGCAUGUCAUUCUGCUGCCCUCAGGUAAGCAAAGAUUUUCUAUUUUGAUGUAAUGGAACCAAGAUCUCUCAUGAAGUGAUAGUUUUCUGUUUUUUUACUGGAACCAUAACAUUUGCCAAGGUAACAAGCCUCUGCAAUCCACUAAAUAAUAUGCUUUUCAAAAGAAAGAACUUUAAAUUCCAUUGAGAUUAUUCCUAGAUGCCACAGAGUACAGUCACAUGAUAAAGAAAGAGAGAAAUGUCAUUUGAGAUGAUGAGAAACUUCAAGGCACAAAUGCCUGCUAUUGACCACUGACUAGGUGAGAAGUUCAAAAAAUGCCAGCAGGCAUGCUAGCCCUCUGUACAAAGCUAGAAUCAACAGCUACUGUCAUCAGCUAAGAUUAGCGUGGGAGAUUAUUCUUUUGUAACUGUAUAAUGAAGUAGCAGGGAAUAACAUUAAGAAGAUGCAAAAAUU